CUAGGCGCUUUUUACAUCGUGAUUCGCUUCUGCUACUAUGAUGUGAUAUUCCUGAUUUCAGAUCACGUUUGACAGUGAUAUUUUAUAAAAAAAUAUUUUGAUUGUUAGAAGACAUGUAUCACAAAGAAAACUAAAUAAUAUUAGUAGCUUCUGGAGACAUUUGAAUAAAUUGAGAAUAGUAUAAUAGGAAGAAAAACGAAUUAACUGAUAAAACAAGGAACCUCUUUAUAAAUAGCAACAAAUCAUGGCAGAAUUAAAAAUCGCGUUUGGUCGUGCUUUUUUAUAUACAGACCUUGGAGGGAUACUGUACGUAAACACGACAGAGAGUUGUUAUUUAAGCAAACGCGACGUGGAACUCUAUGGAACGAAGUCAUUGGAAUUAUCGGAAAUACAAGUUUUCAAAACCGUGAUUUUCCACUGCAUAUUCAUCAUAGCUCUACCAGUAAUAUGCUUUUUUACGAGUAAGACGUUUUUAUUCGAUGGUGCCUUGGGUAUGGAUAGCGUCCCGAGCAAUGUGUAUGCGGCUGGGGUUACAAUUUUGGUAUUACACGUAGCUUUGGGUGCAUUUAUUUAUAAAAUAUAUUUUGAUACGGAAAUAAAAGCUCAGUCGAAAAUCGACUAAAUUGAAAUAUAUAAUUUGAAUGAAAUCAUUAAAAAAUUCAUGAAAAAUCUCUGUAGCCUGUUUACCAAAUUAAUUCUGAUUACUAAAAGUUACAAGAAUUUUAUUUCAACAAUGUCGGCGGAACUCCUGAGCAACUCAUGAAAUAUAUGUGUACUGAUAUUAAAGAAUCUGAUAUUCUAAAUUA